AUGCGACGACAAACUCUUGGGGGCAACAUGCUGGAGGAGGAGAAGCCCGGGAUGAGACAACUCGAUCAGGCCCAAUUACUUCUCGUUAAUCGCACAAGCCCCGGCGAAUCAAGUGGCAAGCAUUGGAUGCACGUCGUGAAGACAAUCUUAGGACUCGCUGGAAAGGCUGUGCUUGGCGGCUGCGUAGCAUUCACCUUCUGCGACAAGAUAGGACAUCCGGCAUACGUGCGCGGCAACUCGAUGUUGCCGACGUUACGAGGUGACGAGGACAUUGUGUGGCUGAGCGCAAUGUGGGAAGGGACGAAGCCGGAGAAGGGCGAUAUUGUUACAUUUCGAUCUCCUAGAAAUCGAGCGCAGAUUCACAUAAAACGAUGCGCAGCGGUCGAAAAUGAGUUGAUACGACCGAAAAAGCGAGAGCAUAUGAUGAUCGUGCCAGAAGGGCAGUAUUGGAUGGAAAGCGACAAUCCGUACAAUUCACUCGACAGCAAUGUUUACGGAUCGGUGAGUCGAGGGCUGAUGAUUGCCCGGGCGACGUGUGUGAUUUGGCCGCCGAGUCGAUGGCAACUUCUA